AUGAAAGUACAAGAAUUCAACAAGACAUCAGCCACCAUCCAAUGGCAACCACCGAAAGAUACAGGAGGUGUCCCUCUGACAUCGUAUAUCAUUGAGAAGAGAGAGGCCUUACGAGCCACGUGGAGUAAAGCUGAUAAAAUUGAUGCUGAUCAAACUGUCUAUACUGCUAAAAACCUGACCGAGGGAUCAGAAUAUUUCUUCCGUGUUGCUGCUGAAAACAAAGCUGGUGUUGGUCCCUUCUUAGAGAUGGACAAACCAGUCAAAGCAAAGAGUCCAUUUGGUGUACCUGAUCAACCAGACUCUCUCCACAUUAAAAACAUCAAGAAAAAUUCACUCACCUUGGAAUGGACACCACCUAAAUAUGAUGGUGGAGCCCGAAUCAAGAAAUAUAUUGUCUAUAUCAAAAAAGAGGGUGACAACUGGGAGAAAGAAACUUCUACUGAUAGUUACAAGACUAACUAUGAUAUCACUGGACUGAAACCAGAAAAAGACUAUAGUUUUGGUGUGGCUGCUGAAAAUGAGAUUGGUGUUGGUGAGAAGGCUGAAACUGAUAAACCCAUCAAAUUGUCUAAACCAAUCAAUCCACCUUCUCCUCCAGAGGGACCAAUGGUUGUUUCUGAGAUCCAGAAGAAAUCGUGUAAGGUUGGCUGGAAGGCUCCAGAACACGAUGGUGGCUCUCCAAUUACCAGAUAUAUUGUAGAGAAACGAGAACAGUGGAAGACAACCUGGACACAUGUAGAUAAUGUGUCAGCCAAUAAACUGUUCUGUGACCUUCCAAAUCUCCAGGAAGGUAAAGAAAUCUCUAUAAGAGUUAUGGCUGAAAACAUUGCUGGUCAAUCUAAACCAUUGGAAUCAGAAACGUCUGUUGUACCAAAGAGUCCUUACUCUGCGCCCUCAGCUCCUGAAUCACUGACAGUGGAAGACAUCACUGAAUCAUCAGUUGAUCUAAAAUGGACGCCGCCAGCUAAAGAUGGUGGACUGCCGAUUAAAGGCUACACACUAGAACGACGUGAUAAACGAUAUGGUUCUUACGUUAAAGUUGCUACAACCAAAACAUUGUCCUACACAGUUGAAAACUUGAGACUAGGAAGUGAAUAUUUCUUCAGAGUUUUAGCUGAAAAUGAUGAAGGAAUGGGUCCUGCUUAUGUUGUUACUGUAGGUCCACCAGGUAAACCUGAAGGUCCACUGAAAGUAUCAGAGAUCACCAGAGACUCUGCAACGCUAGAAUGGAAACCUCCAACUGAUGAUGGUGGCUCAACGAUAACAGGAUACGUCAUUGAGAAGAAAGAAACUUUACGAACAUCUUGGACUCCUGGUGUUGUGGAUGGUCAGACAUUAAAUUAUAAAGCCAAGAAGUUGGUCGUGAACAAUGAGUAUGAUUUCCGUAUUGUUGCUAUCAACGCUGAAGGUGAAGGUCCUCCAUUGGAGGCCAAACAAACUAUCAAACUCGAACAAAAACAAGAGCCACCAUCAGCACCAGAAGAACCUCUAGAAGUCAAAAAUGUUACCAAGAACUCUGCAACUGUCUCAUGGAAACCCAGCACUAAAGAUAAUGGCUCACCUAUUACUCACUAUGUGAUUGAGAAGAAGGAUGCUUGGAAGACAUCUUGGAGUAAGGUUGACAGAGUUAAAGCCAGCCAGAACUCAGUGGAUAUUAAGAAUCUAACGGAGGGCAACAGUUACCAUGUUCGUGUCAUGGCUGAAAACAGUGCUGGUCUUUCUGAACCUUUACAAACUGAUAUUGAUGAACCAAUUGUUCCUAAGAGUCCAUACAAAGUACCUGGUAAACCAGAAGGUCCCAUGCAGAUAGUGGAAACUGAUUCCACCUCUGCUACAAUUCGCUGGCAACCACCAGAGAGUGAUGGUGGUUUACCUAUUAAACGAUAUAUCGUAGAGCGAAGGGAUGUGAAGAGACAGGCCUGGAUCAAGGUGGAUGCUGUCCGUGGUAAUCAGCUGACCUGUCAUAUUGAUAAACUGAUUGAGGGUACGAACUAUAUGUUCCAAGUCUCAGCAGAGAAUGACGAGGGAGUUGGUAAACCAUUAGAAUCUGAUGGACCAGUUCAAAUCAGACGUAAAGCAGGUAAAUCAUUCAUUAUUUGUGAAGAGUACCUGUUCCGUGUUAGCGCUAAGAAUGCUAUUGGUCGAAGUAAACCAGUUACUAUGGAAUCACCAGUUAAACCAAUGAGACCAAUGGGUAAGUCUACAAUUUCUUUAGACAUGCUUCAAACUUUGAAAACAUCCAACCUCAGUUUCUUUUUAUGGAACUGUUUUUGUUUAUCUGGGCUGAAAUAUGAAGUCAGGAGUUUUGAAGCAAUUGUAACUUUUGCAACUGGUUAUUUAUUUGGUUUCGCUUUUCUAUUUUUAGAAGUACCUGGAGCACCAAGAGGUCCUUUGACAGCUUCCGACAUCCAGAGAGACUCCAUGACAUUGAGUUGGCAGACUCCACUGGAUACAGGUGGUUCUCCAAUUACUGGAUACAUCGUGGAUAAACUUGAUUCACAACGUGGUGGCUGGGUACGGGCCUGUAAAGUCGGACCUAACAUCAACAGCUGUAAGAUCUCUGGCCUAACAGAGGGACAUGAUUAUAAUUUCCGAGUUUACUCUGAGAACAAGAUGGGAGUUGGACAACCACUAGACAUGAAAAAUAUGGUCAAAGCCAAGAAUAAACCAUCUGAGCCGGAGAAACUUAAAGUCACAGAAGUUUUGGAUGACGCUGUAUUUAUUGAGUGGUCUCCCCCUGCUCAAACUGGUGGCCUUGACCUGAUUGGCUACGUUGUUGAAAGACGUGAAGCUGGCUCAUCUCAAUGGCAGAGAAUUGGCCACACUGAAGACACCAAAUUCAAAUGCAGAAAUCUUCUGGAAGGACGAUCUUACAAUUUCCGAGUUUUUGCUGAAAAUGCUGAAGGUUUAAGUGAACCUGUUACUCUGAAGAAAUCUGUCAUGCCAGAACGACAACUUGGUAAGUGA